AUGGCUAAUGUGAAAAGUGUUGGUUCUGAAUUUUGUAGCGGUAAUUUAGAGACUUUGCUUCUCUAUGACAUGGAUGAGUGGGAGAAUUGGAGUCCUUGUGAAGAAUUCCUAAAUCUGUGUGAGCUUUCCCAUUAUAAAUAUUCGAAGCUAUUAGGGAAGUUACCAAACAACCUUCCUUUACUAAAAGAUGUUAGGAUAUUUGAUUGUGCGCAGUUGGUAGUCUCAUUUUCAUGCUUUUCGGAUAAAUGCAAAUUUGUCAGUGGGGAAUUCAAUGGUCUUUUAAAGAAUGGGCUGGUGUGUGGAAGCAAGGCUACAUUCAAAUCAUUAGACUUCUCCAGAUCACUUUCACCAAUUUCAGAUAGGGAAGAUCUGGCAGAGUUGGAACGGUUAAGUAUUAUAAACUGUGAGGAGCUGACGAAUUUGUGGUCAUACAAGGUGGGAUCACUGCCACAUUAUCUCCCACUUCUGACUUAUCUCGACAUUUAUGAUUGUCCCAAACUAGUCUCUUCGGUGGUGGAAGAAGUUGAUCAAGAGCGUCUCCAACUCAGAAUCACAUCUACUCUUAUCGAAGAUUGCAUAGCCUUGGAAUUACCCAAGGCAUCGAUGUACAACAACACGUGUCUUCAAUAUAUUCAUAUCAACAAUUGUGAUUCGCUAAAGCAUUUUGCAAGAAGCCAUUUGCCUCCAACUUUAAAGACGCUAAUUAUAUGGGACUGCAAGAGUAUGAGGAAUUUGGUGGAGGAUGAUGAUAAUGAUACAAACAACAAUAGUAGUUGCAGGAGGGGCAUCACAUCUCUUCUUGAGCUUGAGUACUUGGAAGUUACCAAUUGUCCAUCCCUUGAAUCCUUAACUUCAAAGAUGACGUUGCUUGCCUGUCUAUCAAAUCUCCGCAUCUCAGAAUUCUCGAAUCUGGAAUGCCUGUCUUCCGAGGGCUUAAGAAAACUCACCUCUCUUAAAAUAUUCCAAAUUACUUUCUGCGAGAAGCUCACUUGUUUUCCAGAGGAUGGCCUACCUCCCUCACUCCUAGAGCUUUGGAUCAAAGAUUUCCCAAAGUUGAUGUCCUUUCCAAAGAAUGGCCUACCUCCCUCACUUCAGAAACUUGAAAUCGAUGAAUGUCCUCUGCUGGAAGAAUGCUGCAAGAAAGAUCAUAGAGGAGAGUGGUGCAGGAUAGCUGACAUCCCUUGUGUUGUGCUAUUAAUGAAAAGACUCAGGCAUCCCAAUGCUAUGCUCUUCAUGGGAGCUGUAACACGUCCCCAAAAUCUUUCAGUUGUCAUUGAAUUUCUUCCCAGGUGUGAGAUUUGUAGCUUUGGGGUCAUACUGAAGGAUGUCUAUACGUUGAGACCCACGUUUGCUGAGAUCAUGGCUGUUUGA